ACUUCCCCCUCCACCCCCUACCUGAGAUAUUCCGAAGGAGUCGGCAAGACACCUGUCAAGAAGAGACUUAAAUCCAGCCUGUUACAACAAUAGCGCUGCUGGGAUAUAACUCAACGCAUGGAAUAAGGACGUCAUUUUGCUUCGAAACAGACUGGACGAAUCAAGCCUGAUUUUGGGCGCUUGAGAAAAACCAAUGCGCAUUUAAAGCUUCCAUCUCUCGAACGGCCAUUUAGUUGUUUAGAACUUUGAUAUACCACCUAUUGUGUUUCCCCCAUAGACCGUUUAGGUUUUCCAUUCGAACUCACUAGUGGACCAACGCUUUAUCAUCAAUUUGUUAACAGAGGUCUGGAGACAAUGCAUCCCACUAUUCAGAAAGACACUACUUUCACUAAGAUAUUUGUCGGCGGUUUACCUUAUCAUACAAACGACGCAUCCCUUCGAAAAUACUUCGAGAUGUUCGGGGAUAUUGACGAGGCCGUUGUGAUAACGGACAGACAAACCGGGAAAUCCCGAGGAUACGGAUUUGUGACUAUGAUGGACAGGGGGUCGACAGAACGGGCAUGUAAAGACCCCAACCCCAUCGUCGACGGGAGGAAGGCUAACGUCAACCUGGCCUACCUGGGAGCCAAGCCCCGCAGCCCACAGACAGGUUUCUCCAUCAGAGUGCAGCAGGUCCACCCCGCCCUGAUCCAGAGGCAGUAUGGAUUGGCCCAGCAGUGUAUGUACCCCCAGGCCUUCCUCCAGCCCAGUCUGGUGCUCCAGUCCCACCUCAGCCCCUCUCAGGCCUCCCUCACUUCUCCAUAUCUGGACUACAGCUCAGCCUAUGUCCCCUACACCUCCACCACCUCCACUGGCCUGGACCACUACCCCUACACUCCCUCCCCCUCGCUCUCCGCCAGCUACCUCAGCUACCCCUACACCCCCUCCCCCUCGCCCUCCGCAAGCUACCUCAGCUACCGCUACUCCCCCGCCACCAUUUCCGCCCCCAUUACCCCGCCUGUCCACCCCUCCCUCAACCCCUUUGCUGGCCUCUCUGUCCCCCCCGCUGCCUACCUCCAAUACCCCCUCCACCAGCCUGACCACAUGCUGUGAUGGCGGAGAGGGAGGUGUGGUGAUGUGGGGUGAGGAUGAUCAAAGGGGGCACUGAUGACAACGUGAAUGGAGACUUGGAACAGGAGGAUUAUUGGGCUAUGACCUGCGACAUCAUCAGUAUGAGACUCCCGACAGCCGAUGAGAGAGUGGGUUCUGAAUCCAAAGGGCUUUGUCAAAACAAAACACACUGGGACGUCUUCCUGUUUUUCUAUUAGGGUUAUUAUCCAUUGUUGUCGUAGUUGUUACUAUGCUACUAUUGCUGUUGUCACCAAUGUUUAUACGAAUGUUUUUAGCUAAUGAUGGAAGUAAGAGCUAUCCCUGUGUCCAAUGCCAAACAUGAUGGAGUCAAUGGAACAUGAGAACUGAAAGAGGGGAAUUAAUUAUUCUGGAUCAACCUAGAUCCUUGCACUCCUCCUUACCCAUACAGAACACCCACCUCGUACACCAAGCCAAGGCUAGCCCUUCAAUGUAGUGGAUGGGGCUUGAAGGUUGGGCGAGGAUGGGUUGGGUAGCCAUUAUAUUUAACUAGAUGCUCCGCCUCUCUCUUCUGGAAGUUGUACUGAACGUUUCACUAGCGAGGUGAGAGAGAGGCAGCAUCCUCUUCUGGACAUUUCUCCAGGAAUACCUUUCUCUACGUGGCCUUAUAGCCUCUCUCUGUUUCCAUGUCCUCCAUGAGUGCAAGUAAGUUAUUGCAGAUUGAGAAUCACACUUUCACUAAAUAUGCAAUUAUUAUUCUGAUGGAGUAUGGGAUGAAUAUUUAUAAGGUAGGCAACAUUGUAACAUGCUUUUUAUAUCAAUGUUACUCUAACAUAAUCAUGUCAAGGCAGAUUUUUGUAAAGAAGGUAUUUCCAUAUUCAUGUUUAUCCUCAGAGACCUGCAGCAGCUGGGGUAACUGACUAUCUCAGUAUUGUUUAAAGUGAGCAGAGGCAGAAACUACAGGCUAAUGGAGGAUGUAUGAUCUGGUUGUGGAAUAAUAAUGUAAUGUUUUAAUGAUACAAGUGUUGUCCAUCAGGUGAGUUGAUGUCUGCUAGAACCUGACUGAUGCUAUGGGCUAGACUCCUAUAUGUGUACAGUCGUGGCCAAAAGUUUGUAGAAUGACACAAAUAUUCAUUUUCACAAAGUCUGGUGCCUCAGUUGUCUUCAGAUAUUUUUGUCAGAUGUUACUAUGGAAUACUGAAGUAUAAUUACAAGCAUUUCAUAAGUGUCAAGGGUUUUUAUUGACAAUUACAUGAAGUUUAUGCAGAGAGUCAAUAUAUGCAGUGUUGACCCUUCUUUUUCAAGACCUCUGCAAUCUGCCCUGGCAUGCUGUCAAUUAACUUCUGGGCCACAUCAUGACUGAUGGCAGCCGGGGCGGCAGGGUAGCCUAGUGGUUAGAGCGUUGGACUAGUAACCGAAAGGUUGCAAGUUCAUAUCCCGAGCUGACAAGGUACAAAUCUGUCGUUCUGCCCCUGAACAGGCAGUUAACCCACUAGGCCGUCAUUGAAAAUAAGAAUUUGUUCUUAACUGACUUGCCUAGUUAAAUAAAGGUUUAAAAAAAAUGUUUAAAAAUUCUUGCAUAAUCAAUGCUUUGAGUUUGUCAGAAUUUGUGGGUUUUUGUUUGUCCACCCACCUCUUGAGGAUUGACCAUAAGUUCUUAAAGUCUGGGGAUUUUCCUGGCCAUGGACCCAAAAUAUCGAUAUGUUGUUCCCCGAGCCACUUAGUUAUCACUUUUGCCUUAUGGCAAGGUGCUCUAUCAUGCUGGAAAAGGCAUUGUUCGUCACCAAACUGUUCCUGGAUGGUUGGGAGAAGUUGCUCUCAGAGGAUGUGUUAGUACCAUUCUUUAUUCAUGGCUGUGUUCUUAGGCAAAAUUGUGAGUGAGCCCACUCCCUUGGCUGUGAAGCAACCCCACACAUGAAUGGUCUCAGGAUGCUUUACUGUUGGUAUGACACAGGACUGAUGGUAGCGGUCACCUUGUCUUCUCCGGACAAGUUUUUUUCCGGAUGCCCCGAACAAUCAGAAAGGGGAUUCAUCAGAGAAAAUGACUUUACCCCAGUCCUCAGCAGUCCAAUCCCUCUACCUUUUGCAGAAUAUCAGUCUGUCCCUGAUGUUUUUCCUGGAGAGAAGUGGCUUCUUUGCUGCCCUUCUUGACACCGGGCCAUCCUCCAAAAGUUUUCGCCUCACUGGGCGUGCAGAUGCACUCACACCUACCUGCUGCCAUUCCUGAGCAAGCUCUGUACUGGUGGUGCCCUGAUCCCGCAGCUGAAUCAACUUUAGGAGACGGUCCUGGCGUUUGCUGGACUUUCUUGAGCGCCCUGAAGCCUUCUUCACAACAAUUGAACCGCUCUCCUUGAAGUUCUUGAUGAUCCGAUAAAUGGUUGAUUUAGGUGCAAUCUUACUGGCAGCAAUAUCCUUGCCUGUGAAGCCCUUUUUGUGCAAAGCAAUGAUGAUGGCACGUGUUUACUUGCAGGUAACCAUGGUUGACAGAGGAAGAACAAUGAUUCCAAGCACCAACCUCCUUUUGAAGCUUCCAGCCUGUUAUUCGAACUCAAUCAGCAUGACAGAGUGAUCUCCAGGCUUGUCAUCAUCAACACUCAAAUCUGUGUUAAAGAGAGAAUCACUAACAUGAUGUCAGCUGGUCUUUUUGUGGCAGGGCUGAAAUGCAGUGGAAUUUUUUUGGGGGGGGAUUCAGUCCAUUUGCAUGGAGGGAUUUUGCAAUGAAUUGCAAUUCACCUGAUCACUCUUCAUAACAUUCUGGAAUAUAUGCAAACUGCCAUCAUACAAACUGAGGCAGCAGACUUUGUGAAAAUUAAUAUUUGUGUCAUUCUCAAAACUUUUGGCCACGACUGUAUACGUCAAAUGUAUACACGCGUGACUAAGUCGCUUUGGAUAAAAGCGUCAGCUAAAUGGCAUACAGUGAGGCAAAAAAGUAUUUAGUCAGCCAUCAAUUGUGCAAGUUCUACCACUUGAAAAGAUCAGCAAGAAAUCUUGCUUGUUUGUAGGUGACCAAAUACUUAUUUUCUACCAUAAUUUGCAAAUAAAUUCAUUAGAAAUCCUACAAAGUGAUUUUCUGGAUUUUUUUUCUCAUUUUGUCUGUCAUAUUUGAAGUGUACCUAUGAUGAAAAUUACAGGCCUCUCUCAUCUUUUUAAGUGGGAGAACUUGCACAAUUGGUGGCUGACUAAAUAGUUUUUUGCCCCACUGUAUAUAUAUGUGUGGGUGAUACAGUAUUUGUCUGUGUGUCAGUGUAUGAGUCAUGUGUGUUUUGGUUAGGCACGUCAUCCCCUGGCCCCCAUUGUAAGCCAUUGUGAGAGUCAGUGUUGUGCCAUCGUCUCUGAGCCAGCUGCAGUUUAGGGUACAGAGCUGCUCCAGGAAUCUCUAUGUGCGGUACCACCUUAUUUACUUGUACAAUGAAGCCAUACAACCACAACAGAAAUAUGUAUAAUAAAAUGUAUUUGUUAUUACA